CAUCAUUCAAACCCCAGAUGUAAACAAACAGUAAUUAAACGGAAAAGCAAAGCGUGAUAGCUGUGACAUUUCAACAAUCAACGGAAAAUUUACGGUGAAUGUUUUACUCUUUCAAGUUAAAGUUAUUCUACACUGAUUAAUGGAGAAAGUCUAAUGAGUGAUUGAAUAUGAGUGCCGCAAACCAAACUAUCAUUGCCGAUAUCCAGUCCCUGACCGGAGAUGAGCUGGCUGAACAAUAUCGGCGAUUGGCUGACGCCUACCGGACGUUGAAGCGAUCCCACGAAGAGGAACUGCAAGCGAGCUACGAACUGCGACGGAAUUACCAGACCGCUUCCGAAUCGGUAGCCUACAUGACCGCCGAGUUGGAAUCCAUCGAUUCCGUGCACAAGGAUGAGCUGGCCAAACUGAAGGAAAAAUACGUUCUGACACUAACUGGCCUGAAGGAUUCAAAUGCAGAUCUCAAACAGUACAAUUCCACUUUGGAAGCCACGAUCGACGAUCUGCAAAAGCAAACGUCACAACUCAAGGAGAAAAUUGAAGAACUAGAAAGCAACUGGCGGGAAUUCCGAAUCUGUAACUGUUCGGAAAGCAAAGUUGAAAGUCUCAGUGAGAAGAUCGAAUGCGUCGAAGACAAUCUGAGUUCGAAAAAGCAAGAGCUGGAUGAGCUGAGGACACUGCUGGAUUCGACCCAGGAGGAGAACAUGCGCUUAAACUCUGAAAUUGCUGCUUUAAGGAGUGCACCCCAGGAUGCUAACAAGAAAGGAAACUCAUUGUUCGCCGAAGUGGACGAUCAGCGACAGAAGAUGAUUGAGAUGUUGCAGAAUCAGCGGAAGCGGUACAACGAAAUGAAGAAACUGUACGGUGAAAGUCAGUUCCAGAUUCGACGACUGACUCGUGAAAACGAGGAGCUUUGCAACGAGAUCAAAGCAUGUAGUGAGAUGUUCACCAAGGCGGACAAUACCUUCCGAGAUGAAACCAGUCGACAGAUUAGUUCUUUGGGAAAGGAUGUCCAACAGUUGCGGGAUCAACUGGCAGCGACUGAAAGGAGACUACUGGAGAAAACCAACGACAUCAAUUGGGUGGAUCCUUUUGUUUCGUUUUACCGUAACGAAAGUGGCAAUUUGAAGACAGCACUGUUCCAGUCUCAAAUGGCCAAGCGGCUCGUGGACGAAAUAUGUUGGGAAGCUCAGCGCGAUUUGGCUAAAUGGCGUUUCGAAGCUCUCAAGUCUCGCUACAUCAUAAUCAAUCGCGAGUCUCUUCUAGAGGAACAUGGAAUCGCUUACGAACCUUUGGACGCCAUUCAAGUGGGCAUUCACAUAGACGAGGCAACCGUUGCUAGAGCUAAACCACACGUGGGUUUCACUCCUGGUGUCAUUGAGUCUACCCAAGAAGUGUGCCACGACAUUGAUCCACUGGGUGACUUAGAACAAGAUUUGAACACGCUUUCUUUGGGUGAGGUGAAUCAGCCUCCAGCUUUGCUUCCACCUCCUCAGCCACCAGUGCUACUCACAAAACCACCUUCAAAACCAGCCCCGGAAAAGGUUGAAACGAUUACACCACUUGCUACACCUCUGGUAACCCCGAUACAAUCUCCCAAGUCCGAACAGAAAGACUCCAAACAUUCCCUAAACGCGCCAUUCUACCGGGAUAUUGUGUACAUCCCGAAGAAUGCCCCCCUCACGGACAGUCUGAAGAAGAAACAUUUUGCCGAAAUGCUAGAAAAAACUACGAAAUCUGCGGAAGCUUUCAAAACAACAUCCGCCACGAAAGCCAGGGCUGACGAAGAGAAGGAAAACGUUCAACAAGUCCAGCAGCAGCAAUCUGGCCAACAGCAAGAUUCCUCACAGUCUAAGGCAUGGGGCUGGAUUUCGGAAAAGCGGACCAAGAACAACAUCGUGGUGAGAAGGUUCAAGUUCCCGGAACGAAAAGUGCCCGUCGAUGGACAGAAGGAUGCUUGAAAAUGGAGGUUUUGCGUUAAGGACGUUUUGAAUGAGGUUUCAGAGUAAAGAAUUAUUUUUAUUCGAUAUAAUUAUAUGUAUUUAAGCUAU